UAGUUAACUUCAACGCCGCCAGAGACUAGAGUACAAAACUGUCAAGAAACUGUCUCAACCAUGGAGGCACAACGACCGCGCCCUCCGAAUCCUUCUGAACUAUGUUCCUGCAUUCUCCACUGGCAUGAACUUGGACCCGACCCACCAGGUCAGUACGGCACAUAUCGGCUUCCAGAUCUAGUCGCCAACACGAUCGAGAACGGGCAAGCCCUGGGCCCCUACACCAACCUAGAACAUCACGAUGAACUGAAGCAUGCGUUAAUCGAAGGAUUCCAUGAACUCUACAACAAUCAAGACCCAAGUCACUAUGCUCAAAUUAUCAGGGUGGCGUCUCUGCUUGACCAUUACUUUUUCAGAGGAUGGCUGACGGCGCGUCGACGACGAACGGGGAUUGUGCAGUCGCACCUCAAAGUGUGCAUCCGGGAGAACAACGAGGUUUGCCAGGAUCAAGGCAGCGCUUCGCACGUGGAAGUGGUCAAGGAGCAGGUUGGCUCGCUACCCAGCGUUGACAUUGACAUUGACUCUGCAGGAACGUGGACGAUUGCGCAAAUCGUUGAGCUCCUGAUCCAUGAGAUGACUCAUGGAUAUUUGAUAUUGUUUACGUGUCGUGGAGGCUUUGAUUACAUGGCCGGAUGCUCCUUUCACCAUUCCGCUGCGAGAGGUCACCAUGGCCUUUACCUGCGAAAGCUGCUGAGGCAUGUGUAUCAGACUAUACAGGAGUGGGACGAUAUGUUGAGUAACUUUGGAACAGAUUGUGUGCUGAGCUGUCCCUGUAAUGAUUCAGACUCUGCGUUUGAGAGAAGUAGAUCCAGCACACCGGUUUGACCAGAGCAGUUGGUUGAGAAGAGAGGGACUGGAAGUUCCAAGAGUGUAUCCAAGAUCUGUAGGUUCAGUUACGACAACAAUCCUCUGAGAAGGAAAAACGUUGGUUCAGAAUACGGAGCAGCGAAUCUUGUUCUCCUAAUGCCUUGGGUUUCUUUCCUCAUGUAUCAAUUUAGCCGAAAACUAGAAAAAUGAUAGAUUAAAAACUCCGA